GAGGGCCCGAACGCGGACGCCGAUUCGCCCGGCGCGGCCCGCGCGGGAUCCCCCGAGCCGCCACCCAGGCCCGACCCCGCCGAGCCGCCCGCGGGCCGCCUGGCGGCCGGGCGUGGGCCGCCGCCGCCCGCGCCCGCGGAGGUGUCGGAGCUGCUCUCCUGCAUGGUGGCCGAGAUCACGUCGCUGGCCCAGCGCGUGGACAG